CACAGCUUUCAGACAGUUCAGGAGAAGAACUUCUUUUGCAGGCAGAUCAGGGUCAGUGGAGGGGGCUGCGACAUUCAACUUCUUUAGGGGGUAGACUCUGCUUGUCCCCUGAGCUCUGCUCUAACUGCAGCAGGAUGGCAGAGAAGUCACAUGGAUCCGACAACCUUCGAGGAGGCCAAGAAAAGAGCAGGAGGGAGAUCCUGCGGUCCACCAAGAGGGCAUGGGCUCCCCUGGACGAGCAGCUGCCUCCUGACUCUGAGGAGGAAAGACGGAGUGUCGCCAUCCCCUGGCUAGAAGAUUACAAACAAGAAAGUAUUCAGCAGUGGCUGGACUCCGGAUUCUUGGUCUCUUUAAAUGAAAACUUUCAGCAAGGCACCCACCACAUUGUAUCUUGGCAUGAACAAAGAAUGGUUCAAAUGACUGUGAAAGACUACAUGAGAUCGCUGCAUCAGUUUUCAGAAACUCCCACCCUAUCCAGAGGGACCAGUUUCAACUCUUGCCAUUCUGCUGCAAGUAUACCACAAAGCAUUCCUGAAUGGCUGGAAUUUUGGGAAAAAGAUCCAGUGGAGAUUCUCUUGGAUCUGGGGUUUGGUGCUGACGAGCCAGACAUCUGCACACAAAUCCCAGUCAGAUUCCUGGGUUGUGACUCAGCAGCCAGAGGAAUCAACAUCCAUGUUUUUCUUGAAGCUCAAAAACAGCGAAUGGACAUUGAGAACCCUAAUUUGUACAGCCGUUUCCAACAGCUGGAAAUGCUGGACCAUGUGGCCAAUGCCUUCUCACCUUUGCUGAAUGAUGUUAACAUCCUGCAGAACAAAGCUGAAGAGAAAGAUGGAGGAAAAAAUGUGCAAAGAACCUUGGCAAGUGGAGCCAAAGGGCAUCGGAGAAGAAUGGGUGAACUUUUCAGAAGAGCUUCAAAGCAGAACAUUAGGAGGGAUUGUAGCCCAGAAGCAUCAGAGUGGUUGAAGAUGAGAGACAAGUUUUCCAUCACUUCUGCAAAACCAGGGGAGUGUGGCACAGAGUUCCCAGCCACCACCGAUAGUGGUGACCAAAGCCAUUUGUCUCCUUUGGCAGAGCCCUGGUCUCUCCAAGCUUGUGAUGACUUGAUACAUAGUCAUCCUCCCCAGGCUCUUCUGAGCAAGCAGUGGCCUCACUCAUUCAUGCUGGCCAAGCAGCCUCCUUCCUGUGUGUCUGAGGCAUCAGUCAAGGAUAGAACUCGAAAGGAGAACUCAGUUCAAACUAACAAGCUCAAGAGUUUGUUUCGUCUUAUGGGCAAAGCACCAGACUCUUUUGAAAUGGAAGAGGUCCAGAGCUUUGAAGAAGAGACUGGUAAUCCCCCUGACAUGACUUCAGGAACUGUAGGUGCCACAGUGAACAGAGCAAACAGCUGCCAAUCUGACAGCAGCGGGUUCCUGGAGGAACCACCCGAACCACCACCCCUGCAGAUGCUGACCUCGCCAGGCGGGCAGAGCCCUGCUGGGAAUGGAGGUAGAAGGCCGGGGGACCAGAGCUGGUGCCCGGGGUCAGCACAGGGCUGCCGGCAAGAGUCGCACGAGUCUGGCUCCAAGAGUACGGUGAGCACAUCAUUUUCAAGUCAGGGCUGGAGUGUGUUCGAAGAAAAGGCCUCAACAUCCGAGGUGGAGAAAGAGUCUCAGUUUCAGGCCAUGGAGGGCCCCCCGGAACUGAUGACCCAAGACAUGGCCCUUGACAAGACCGCCACGGGGGGAGAGGACGCAAGGAAAGACAGCCCCCCGAGAGAGCGCCCGGCCAGCACCCGGACUGCGCACGGCGCCCCUGGGGGUGCGGUGACCUCCAAGGGGGAUGGUCCUCUGGGGGUCACGGUCACCCACAUCCCGGAAGUGAAGGGUGGGUUUCCGAGGCCGGCGGGAGCUGGGGACAUGAACGUGCAACGCCACCACUGUGAUCAAAGAUCACACAGAAUGGAUCGUGCUCGAGACAAGUUCCUCCACAUUGACUCUGCGGUCCCUGAAAGAGCAGAAGGCAGUAAACGCUGUCCUUACAUCAACACUUCACUGACGCAAGAAAGUCCACCACAGCAUGUCCCUAAGCCCAGUGAUGUCAUGCCUUAUACAGCUGACCUUACCCAAACUUCUGGAAGGUCCACUGCCCACCCAGAUAAACUGGCUGGAAGUGCUCCCCAUGGGAAGCCAAGGGGUAGGGCUUUGGGUCAAAUGCCACCUAGGGCAGAAUCUGAGAUGGGGAACCUUCCCUGUAAUGCCGACUUGAAUGCUUUUAGCUCCGAGCCUGUGACAAUCCAGAUGUCUCCCAGUCUGGCAUCGACUGCUCUGAAUGCUGUGGCCCUGGGCACUGAUUCUAGAGGAACAGCUUUAGAAUGUACUAUGUGUGACCCUGCUGCCACAACAGAACCAGGAUUAGGGACAGCAGUGGGACGGUUCAGUGACGUUUCCGUGCAGACUUAUGUAUGUGAGCCUGCGCUCCAGCAUUGCUGGUCAGCUCCAGGUACCACGGCCCAGCCCCUCACCACAUCUGUCUGUCUAGACACAGGCUUCUCGGGUACCUGCCCAGCAGGCAUCUGCCACUCUGUGCCUGCCCAGUGCUGCGACUGUGGGCAUCACCACCCCCACGGCCCCUCGGACAGGACAGGCCCCGACCUUGCAUGGCCAGCCUGUGGCCACUACCCCAGCCCUCAUAAUCAUCUGGAAGCCCACAUCAUGAAGACUUUGAAAGUCCUUCAGGACAGCACCGUGAGGGAGCUGUGUUCUUGCACAGUCCACGAGAUGGAAGCCAUGAGGACAGUGUGCCAGAGUUUCCGGGAGCACUUAGAGGAAAUCGAACAGCAACUCACAGAACAACAGGCAUUCUUUUCCGGGGACAUGUCAGAAGAGGAAAGGGAAGAGGCCGCGCAACUGCAAACUUUACGCCAGGCUCUGCGGCAGCAGCUGGAGGAGCUAGAGUUUCAGUUAGGAGAUCGGGCCCAGCAAAUCAAGGAAGGGAUUCUAUGGCAGCUUGAGCUCCUUGCAGCAGAACCACCUGGACACUGUAUGCAUCUACAUCACUAUAACUGGACAGAAGAGAAUGGCCAGACUUCCUGUGCUAAAAUCCACCCAGCCAUGGUCCCCCCGGUGGUCUCUCCUCCCGACGAUGGCCAGCAGGCUCCUGGCUCAGCCCCCAACUAAAGAAGUCUUUCAACAAUUCACUGGGUAGUGACAAUCACUGAACAACAAAACUGGGAGACAGGAGAAAGAAAAAAUGACAAGUGGACAUUCUGGUUCCUCAGCAGGGACUUCUUCCUUGCUCAUCAGUUCCUACAUUUUAUCUUUAUAGAGAAAUAAGUGAAAACAGUAGACAUUGGCUUGUUUUCCUUUCUUUCCCAAGAGUCCUACUCCAAAUUUGACAAGUCAAAUUAAAUAUAUGUACUUGAUUAGGUAGGUCAGGAUCAGGAUAUUUGUUUUCUAAGUUUAACACCUUCCUUCCCUUGCAAGACAUAUAUGUAUAAAAUAGCCAACUGUGGAAAUAGGAAUGGUCUUUUAAACAUAUACAGUUGUUCAACCAUUAGGCUACAGCACAAGCAAACAAGGUAAGAAACUGGACAAUUUUCCAUUACAGCAUAAACAUUAAAAGGUUGGAAACUGGAUGUUUUGGAUGUUAUUGAUAGCACAUGAGGAUACGAAGCAAAUCUGAAUCUAUGACAAGCACUCAGGUAACUCAAAUACUCUGAUCCUAUAAUGUCCCCAAACUUUUGUUCUUUCACCUUUUGCACAAUAAGCUUCAAAAAAACACACAUAUAUCAUAGUGUGUAUGCAGCCACACAGUUGCACUCCAAUAUCAAUUUACUCAACUUAAAACAUCAUGAAACUGUAUGUGUAUGGACAGAAUGUCAAAGCAUUUUCUGCAGUUACUCAGCAAAGUAAAUGCCUUCUGCCUUGAAUCUUCAAGCAUGCCUUGCUGGCCUAUCUUUAUUUCCGUGUGAUACAUGAACGACGUCCCUUGCCAAGCACUUAUUUGACAAUCUCUUGUUCUCUAAAGCAGCAGCCCAGCAAAACUGCUCAGUAGCUUGGAAGAUUUAAUUUUCCCUGAGAACCUAGCUUACAGCUAACUAAGAUUCCACUUUGGUGUUCAGAUGUGUUUUGACAAAGUUCAGACAAGUUUUUCACCUGGGCUGCGGAACCACACAAAACAGACCGAAUGAAGGUUUGGCGGUGGUUGUUUCACAUGAGGGGGUGAGAUGGACUGACGUGCAAGUCCCCACUUGCUUACAUAAAACAGAAGUGUUUUACAUGUGACAAAUUUACCUCAUUUGAACCUCACAAGGCUGAGGGAAUUAUUCCCCAACUGAGCCGCGAGGAAGUCAUGCUAUGGAGAGACUGACCAGUGGGCACUCCCUGGGCCCUGCACUUCAUUAUUAAUGAGAAGCAACUACAUGCGGGGUUAGGGGCUCAAGCUCUGGAGUUCAACCCAGGGUUUGAAGCUUAAAUUCAACUCCAUAUUUAUUAUCUGUUAGGUAAACUAUUUAAUGUCCCUAAGCCUCUACAUUAUCAUCUUCAAGUUAACAAAGUUUAUAUGUAUAUAUAGCCCUUUAGAGCAAGCCUGGAAUGUAGUUCCACUAUGAUUCCACACUGAGUAUGGCUCAGUAUGAUUAGUAUGAUGAUGAUGAUAACAAGAGUAGAGUAAAUUUUUGAAUAUCUACUUACAUGCAAGGUAGUGGGCUAAGCAUUUAGUGUGCAUUAUCACUUAUGUUCACAACAAUCCUGAAAGACAUUAAUACACACACACACACACACACACACACACACACACACACAUGUACACACAGAUGCUCAAAAAGACUGUAAAUCACUUUAGUUCCAAUAACUAGUAAGGGAUAUAACUGACUCCCUAAUUACCUGUAUUGCCAGUGGUUAACCAUUAGGGUUCUGUCAAGCCUUAAGGCUUAUGUGGAGCCCACCAAUGGUUCCAAAUCGAUCAGUGUAGCCCUGUACCUGACUGCAUUAUAUACUGGAUGUUAGCAGAGAUUUCAUCUAAAAAAGAUCUCAUCAUUAUAGAAAAGUUUGAAAAGCACUGUACUAUGCUAAUCACACAUGAUUCUUAUAGUCAGAUAGAUAGGGGUUCUGAGUUGCUUUCAUACAAGGAGAUGACUCCCAGCACAUAGGAAUCCUUAGAAACUACCAUCCUAGCAACACUUAGCUUACUACUACUUAGCCCACUGCCAAGAAUAAUAACAAGAGUGCCUUUGCAGUCCCUGAAUGAUUUUCUGGGGAAUCUUACUAUUCUAUUAUCAAGUUCAAAGAUUCUAUGUUGUCUUUCUUUAAAAGUUGACCAUAUUCAAGUCUACUACAUUCAGGAAAAUCCACACCACAUGUCUGAAAACUGGAGAUCAUUGCAAUAAAUAUUUGUAAAAAGUUAAUAACAUAGCAAACCUUUUAGUUAUGAAACCCAAGCCAGGGUUGGAGAUAUUUCAUUUCAAAGAAAAAGAAGAAAAAAGUAAAGUCAUACUCUCAGACCAUUUUCACAUUUAAAAAUUAUCAAGGGCACAAUUUAACCUCUUCUAAACCAAAGAACAGGAUUCACUUCCCAAUAUUAAUUUCCUUUUAUCCAGAUUCCAUUUUAGUAUUCAAAGCCAAGACCUUUGAAUAGAGAAGACUGACUUGAGCAACAAUAUUGGAAACUCAAGUCACAUAUUUCUCUGUGUUUUGUUAUGCAUGAGUGAAGACCCAGGUUACGUAGUGCAGGCAAAAUGGUAAAACCUUGAAGGUUGCUCUGAACCAUAGCAUAUGCAUAGGCUGUGUAGAUUUGUAUAAGGAAAUGCAUUUUUAGUCUACAGAAAAAUAUUCCCUACAAAAGUGUCCCAUAAGAUUUUGUUUAAUGGAUAUUCUCUUACAAGUGGAUUUUUGUCUACAGGACAAGUUAUUUUUUUCUUCAAAAGGAAAUAAUUCUGCUAAGGAGGAAAAAAAUAAAAUCAGAAGACUAUCAAAUGACAUGAAAACCCAGUCUGUGAGAGCUGAUUUUUCUUUGUUGAGAAAGUAAUUAGAGUCUGCGGUAUAAUGCAAGUCAAAUAAAAGAGGAUGUGCAGAGGUUAAAGGGUAAAAGCAGUUUCCCUUUGAGAAGAAAAGUUUCAAACUGUUUUAUGUCAGUGAGAUGGUAGGUUGCAUGUCUAAUUUCAAAUUGUAAUUCAAACAACCAAGAACAGCUAUAAUGUGCAGGGAUUAUAGGUUAUUUAAAAUGAUAUCAAAUUGCCUUCCUUGAAAACUGAGAGAACAUGAACAGAAGCCAAAAUAUGGAAGGCACCUUUCUCUAACCAGAACUCAGUCUCUAGUGGUCUAUUUUUAAAACAAUAGACCAAUAGUUAGUAUAGGAUGCUCCCUUCCUCAAUCUGUCCCUUAUUAAAUAAAGAGCCCUCCACAUCACAAAUGAUUUCUUCUUAGAAUCAAAUUGAAGACUUUUCUCUUUUUUGGAUACCUCAAUAACUCAAUGCUAUCUAAAGCUGGUAAUCCCUUCUACCCCAGAGACAGUGCUUCUCUUAUUCAUAGAUGAGGAAAAUGAAAGUGAAGGAAAACACUUCCUCAAUGCACCUGCACUUUCUUCAUUCCCACUAUCAUUCAAUAGCUUCUUUCCUAUUGAUAAUGUACCAGAGUCAUAAGAUUUCUGUUUUUCGUUUUUUAAAAAAAGUAUUUGGGGAUGUUUUAAAGUGUGUAUGAGAUUUAAGAAAUAUAAUAGGCAUCCAGUAUUUUCUCUCCCAAAGUCAAGUAUUUGUCCAUAACUAAAAUAUAUUUCUAUUCUGUAUUACCCACUGACACAGUUUUCUUGAAUUGUUGAAAGCUGUUGAACCCUGUGAACUUCUCAUUGCUUGUCUGAGGACAUUAACACUGAUGCAUUAGACAGAGGUUCCCUGCUCUUUGCAGCUCCAUCACUCUCAGUCCUGCCCAGUCUCACCACUUAGCCUGUUUGACGCAGCCCAGCUUCCACAAAGCCCUCUGUUGGGCUGCUUCUGUCUCGGGGGAGGCUCUAGAGGUAUGUGGUACAAUGGUAGGCUAGGAUAUUUUACCAAAUUUGGGAAACUUUCAGCCAUUACUUCUUCAAAUAUAUUUUUGCACUGAUUUCUUUCUCUUCUCCUUUCAGGAAUACAAUAACAUUAACAAAGAACUUUUAAUAUUAUCCCACAGUUCUUUGACGCACUGUUCAUUUUUUAAUCAAACUCUUUUUUUCAUCUGUGUUUUCUAGAUUGGAUAAUUUUUACUGAUCUACCUUCAAGUUCAUGGACUCUUCUUUCUCAUCUCCAUUCUGCUUUUGAGGCCUUCCAAUGGACUUUCUACUUUUGUUAUUGUAUCUAACAGCUUGAAAUUUUCUGUUUGGUUCUUUAGGAAACCUUCUAUUCUCUUAUUAAGAAUGUCUAACUUCCCAUUCAUUUCAAGAGUGGUCACCCUAACUUCAUGCAUCAUCAUUAUAAGAGGUGCUUUAAAAUUGUUGUCUGGUAAUUCCCACAUCUAGGUCAUCUUGGAGUUUACAUUUGUUGAUUACUUUUUUCCUUGAAGGUUAACAUUUUCCUGGUUCUUUGUAUGUCAAGUAAUUUUGGAUUGUAUCUUGUACAUUUUCAUAUUAUGCUGGAAACUCUGAAUUCUAUUAAAAA